AUCACUUCCACACACCCAGUCUCAGUCAUUUAAGUCAGUGCUCCUUCCUGUUUUUCACUAGUUCCGUCUUCUCGUGCCGUGACUGGGUCGAAGGAGGAAGUCUAGAAAAAAAAGGUUUGCCCAGGAAGAGCCACAACACUUUUAAAAGGAAAGAGAGGACCCACAAGGAGUUCUUGCAAAGACCUUUUGGGUGGAGGUAUUUGUUGGUGUUGUGUUUUCCCCUCAGGGGUAUCUACCUACACCAUGGGGACUGUGAGAGUUGUUGCUGGGGUUGAAGAGAGCAGAGAUGUGUUGCUGAAAGGAGGGGACUGACACUCUUUUAAAAGUCAGCUCUGUGUUUAGGAGUGGAAGCGCUCCAACAAGACAAACCAGAUACCUCCUGAUGGAUUUUAGAGGGAAACCCUACCCUGAAAGCUCAGAGACUCCUGAGGAAUAGACGUCACAGACAAACGCUCUCUCACACAUGAGUGGGAGAGGAGAGGGGCUAGAAGGAAUAUGGAAGCACUGAGAGAGUCUUUUAUGCAUUUAACUUUUCAGAUGUCAACGUAUAAGAGAGCCACGCUGGACGAGGAGGAUCUGGUGGAUUCCACCAGUGACGACAUCUACCCAUCAUCACCCAUGCAGGUGACUCUUCUACAUGGCCGAGGUCCCACAUGUUGGCCAGACAGGACGCAGAGAGAGAGGAGGCUGCUGUUUUUACUGUGCAUCGUGUCCGUGGGACUGUUUAUAUCUCUCAUCACAACUGGGGUCUUCUACAAACAGACUCACCCCGGGUUGUGCCUAACAGAGCCAUGCAUUAAUGUGGCCAGUUCAGUCAUGGAAUCCCUCGACCGAUCCGUAGACCCCUGCCAUGAUUUCUACAACUUUGCCUGCGGGGGUUGGGUGAAGAAUAACCCCCUCCCUGAGGGCAAGUCCCGCUGGGGACCAUUCAGCAACCUGUGGGAGCACAACAUGCUGGCAAUGAAGCAUUUAUUAGAAAACACAACGAUGAAAGGUCUAAGUAAGGCUGAGGAAAAGGCUCAGCGAUAUUAUCAGGCCUGCAUGAACGAGGCCAAAAUUGACAAAUUAGGGGCUAAGCCACUACAGGAACUAAUCAGCCAGAUAGGAGGAUGGGCCCUGACUGAACCCUGGGACAAGGACAACUUCCAGGAAGUUUUGCGUAUGGUUUCGGCCAGUUAUCGCACCUCGCCUUUCUUCACAGUUUUUGUCAGCACUGACUCCAGAAACUCCAGCAGUAACAUCAUCCAGGUGGAUCAGUCCAGCCUGGGACUACCUUCACGGGAUUACUACCUCAACAAAACAGCAAAUGAAAAGUAUCUGACGGCAUACCUCGACUUCCUGGUGGAGUUAGGGGUACUCCUGGGUGGCUCCAAGGAGACGUCUCAGGCGCUGAUGCAGGAGAUUGUGGACUUUGAAACCACUCUGGCUAACAUCACUGUCCCCCAGGAGGAGAGGAGAGAUGAGGAGCUUAUCUACCAUAAAAUGGAGGCCAAGGAUCUGAAAACUCUGGUUCCUGCAGUUGAGUGGAUACCAUAUCUCACAGAAGUGUUUGCGCCUGUGCCACUCAACGACACAGAGCCAGUGGUUGUUUAUGCCAAAGAAUACCUCCAGAAAGUUUCCGACCUCAUAAUUAAAACAAAUAAAAGCCUACUCAACAACUAUAUGAUUAUGAAGGUGGUGAGAAAGAUGGUGUCCAUUUUGGACCAAAGAUUUCAGGAUGCCGAGCAGCGCUUCCUCGAGGUCAUGUACGGAACCAAGAAGAGCUGCACCCCACGCUGGAAGCUGUGUGUCAGCGACACAGACAGCGCCCUGGGCUUUGCUCUCGGGGCCAUGUUUGUCAAAGCCACCUUUACCGAGGACAGCAAGGCCAUUGCUGAGGAUAUGGUCGCAGAAAUUAAAUGGGCAUUUGAGGACAGCCUGAAGUAUGUGAGCUGGAUGGACUCAGAGACAAAAAAAGCAGCAAAAGAAAAGGCAGAUGCAAUAUACAACAUGGUCGGAUAUCCAGAAUUCAUUAUGAACACCACAAAGCUGGACAAAGUGUUCAAUGAUUUCGAGGUGGUGUCAGACUUUUACUUCCAAAACGUUAUGCAGUACUACAACUUCUCAGCCAGAGUGACUGCAGACCAGCUGAGGAAAACUCCCAACAGAAACCAGUGGAGCAUGACCCCUCCAACCGUGAAUGCAUAUUACAACCCGACCAAGAAUGAGAUGGUUCUGCCUGCAGGAAUUCUUCAGGCUCCAUUCUAUAGACGUUCGUGGCCUAAAGCUCUUAACUUUGGUGGAAUUGGAGUAGUCAUGGGACACGAACUGACUCACGCUUUUGAUGACCAAGGGAGGGAAUACGAUAAGGAUGGAAACCUGCGUUCCUGGUGGAAGAACUCUUCCGUGGAGGCGUUUAAGAAGCAGACCCAGUGCAUGGUGGAGCAGUAUGGAAAUUACAGCAUUAACAAGGAGCCUCUGAAUGGAAGACACACCCUGGGAGAGAACAUCGCUGACAAUGGUGGACUCAAGGCCGCCUACAAGGCUUACGUGAACUGGAUCAAAAAGAACGGUGAGGAGGCUACGCUGCCUGCGUUGGGAAUGACAAACCAUCAGCUGUUUUUUGUAGGAUUUGCUCAGGUAUGGUGCUCUGUCAGGACACCGGAAAGCUCACAUGAGGGCGUAAUCACAGAUCCUCACAGCCCGUCAAGAUUUAGAGUCAUCGGCACCAUCUCCAACUCGCAUGAAUUCUCAAAGCACUUUGGCUGCAAAGCAGACAGCGCCAUGAACCCUAAACAUAAGUGUGAGCUUUGGUGAUGCCUCAUUGCUGGGAGCUGUGCGUCAGCACAGAGUGAAACAGACGUUGGGGAAAAUAGCUUGAGAUACUGACAAAGUCUCUCUGGACGGGAAACUCAAAAACCACUGAAACUCCCACUGCCUAGCCACUGAAUGCUUAUCAGGCUCCUUAUCAGGACAAAUGGGGCUGCCAUGAAAAGGGAGGAUAGCAAUCUUCAGUGCUUCUCCACAAAGACUGCUGGUUUAGCAAGACAAGCGUUCCCUAACUUCUGAAGUUAAAUGUAGCUAUAAAUGCGCUUUUUCACACACUGGAAACCCAACAAAUGGUUACAAACAUGGGGGGAGGGGUGGGGGGGCGCACACUCUCAAAUUUUGUAAACUGCUUCAUUGUCACAUAAAGUGAUGUUUCUUUUUUUUUCUUGUAACUUUUUACUGUGGUUGGAUCUGCUCCAGUUUGCUUAAAUUGUAUUUUAUUUAUGGUCACAAAAGUUUAUAUGUGAGCCAUCGACCUGCAAGAUUUUUAAUCUGAUGAAAAAUUGUGUCAUAAAGACAGUUUUGAAGCUGUUAAGAAUUGGUAUAGAUAUAUUUUAAUACUUCUUUGUAUUUGAAAAAUAAUGUUGAAACUGUUACAUCGUAUAGAGAUAAUAAUGUGAAAUGUAUGUUUAAAAACAAAGACGAGGUGUCCCUAUAGGAAUGUUCCAUUGUUGGCAUUUCAUUUCAUUAAUGGAAGACCAAUACAAAUCAGAAACAUAAUGAAGGAAUGAAUAAAUUCGCAGAAAAAUUGUAUAUUUUUCCAUUCAGAACUUGGUCAUAUAGACUAAGCCAUGAUGUGCCAUACCUAUUUUUGUGAGUAAGAGUUUGUCACAAAUUAUUUUGUAUAGUAAAAUCUGUCUUAAAACAA